CAGCUGUUACCGGAGGUGACGUCACUUAAGUCGUUUCCAAAUAAAUUCAUCGUAAAUAUAAAAUAUAUCGUCUGUACAAAUUGAUAAAAUUGAGAUAAAAUGUAUUCUUACCUAAGUUUAUUCAUUUUAAUGAUAGGAUUUAAUGGUGUAAAGGGGAGUGCAGUUAAUCCAAAGACAAUGGCUGUCGUUAUUGGCAAUGAACCGUCUGUUAUGGCCGAAUAUAUUCAAAUAAUGGAGGAUCUCACAACAAUAGAGGGCGCUUCUACAAAAGUAACAGUAGAGUACCGGUGUACUGAUGAUAAAUUGAUUGGCGUGGAAGUUGUCGCUGACAUCAAUCUUGAAGUUUCACAAAAAAUAUUUCAAAAAGUGUGGAAAUGUCGUAAAAGUGAACAAUUUUCUGGCAUAAAAUUUAAGAAAGUGAAAUUGAAACUUCCGCCGGAUGUUGCCUACAAUUACAAUGCAUUCAACAAACACGUGACAUCAACUUCAAGGUCAAAGGUCAGGGUAUGGAUGCUUGAUAACGAAUGGUGGCCAUUUUGUUAUAGAAACAGUGACUGCUACACAAAGUCGUCUGUUAAAGUGUCUUACAAUGUGAAAAUAUCACCUCCAUUUUCAAGACCCUUUUACAAACUGUACAAACAAUGUAAGUCAUGGCCUUGGAAUAUCCUUGCUGCAGUAACGUCUGUUAAAAUACCAACUUGCCCUUUUGAAGAAGAGAUCAUUGAAGCGAUUAAAUAUCCGGUAGUGCUCGGGGGAGAUUCUUAUGGCGUCUAUAGACAAUUUCUGCCGUUUAACAACCCCGACUUGGAGAGGGAGAGACAAGAACAAACCGAAAGACCAAUAUUUACAAUAUCUAUAUGGCUAUACAUUUUGGAAUACUGUCCAGGUCGACCGCGUCCAGGCUUGCUAUGUAGUAUAAUGCAUCGUUUUACGUGGGAUGGACAAUUCCGAACUAUUAUGGUGCUCCUUACACCGGAAGGUCGAAUUCAUAUUCAAAUACAAGAUAUAGCUGGACACCACAAAGCCGGCUUGUCACAUUUCAGUAUUCCUAAACACCAGUGGACUAGAGUUAUUGUCCAGUUUCAGAUGCAAACAUGGCGUUUAUUUAUCAACUAUGGUGAACAAUUCAAAGAAACAUUAGAAACUGAGUACAGACAUGCUGGAGAGCCUACAUUUUAUGACGAUGCUAAGGAUCUAGUCACUUUUGGUGGAUCUGAAUACAUGGCAAGUUUCAGGGGUUACAUUGGACAGGCAACAAUUUACAGAAACAAAAUAGUAAAUCCAGAUAAGAUACCGAUGCCAAGCAAGUUUCAUCCAAUGUUUGAGCUUCAGCUUACCCACAGAGAGAAAAAAUGUGGCGAUUAUUUAGACUGGGUUACGGAUAGAGUCAACGUGCAUAAAUCAAAAUAUGACGUCAGCUUGAGGAAACGGACAUGUCGCCAUCCCUUUGUUGAGAUCGUUGAAAAGGCAAUGGACAAUUGGAAGGCCGUUUCACCUUUACCAACUUGCAAACUUACAAGCAAGAGGACAACUCGUAAACGAAAGCAAGUGGAUAGAAUUAUCAAGAAAAUGGUUUGGGAAGGUAGAAAUGUAGAUUUUAGCGAAAUAGCCGACCUGUUGUACAAGAACGCAACAACUGAGUUGGAAGCCGGUUUAGAGAAAAUACAAGUUGUGUUUCCGGUUCUUAAGCAAGCUGCGUGCUACGGAAACAUGGACGCCAUGUACAUGAUUUCUACAAUUCUCAACAAUGGUAUAUUCAUCAAAGCAGACGAAAUUCAGAGUCAAGCAUAUCUUAUGUUAGCUGCAUUAGACAACCAUAGAUUGGCUGCCCUGUCACUUGGACACAAACAUAGGUACGGUAUUGAUGGUGUCACGGAAGACUGGGAGCAGAGCUACCGCUAUUUCAAGUUUGUUGCCGAUACAACCAAUGCAGACAAAGAAAAACAUAAAGACACAGAUGUAUUCACAGAGUCAAUAAGACUGACAGAUGAAGCGGCAAUACAUGAACAGACUGACGAAGAUGGAGACAUUUUUCAUUGGUUGACUCUUCAAGCAAAACAGGGCGUUCUCUCUGCUCAGAAUCGUAUUGGACGAGCAUUGUUUUGGGGUCAACAAGGACUAAAGAGAAACCUAGCGUCUGCUGUCGAAUAUUUCAAAAUGAGCGCCGAAACUGGUGACGCUCAAUCCCAGUAUGACUAUGGUAUUGUACUGAUGAGGGGCCAAGGUGUAAAGAAAGAUGUUGAAGCAGGACUUAACGAGUUACAGAAAGCAGCAAAACAGAAAAAUCCAGCUGCAAUUAACGCUAUAGGUUGGCACGCGAUGAAUUUUGAGCGGGACAUGAAGAAAGCAGCCGAAUAUUAUGAAAGGUCAUACAGACUCGGUAACCCGGAUGCAGCGUAUAACCUGGGUAUACUCCAUUUAUACGGUACUUAUCCGGACAAAGAGAAGAACGCGGACUUGGCAUUGGACUACUUUAUAUAUGCUGCAUCACGUGGACAGAUAGACGCCGGGACAGCAGUUGCCUACCAGACUAUCAAGGGCACGAGCAGACAACGCCGUAAUGUAUACACAGCUGUAGAGUGGGCUCGGUUUAUCGCCGAGAAGAAUCCCACGAUUGGUCUUGUGCUUCGAAAAGCCCUUCAAUUUUACCGGAAAGGGAAAAGAGACAUAAGUUUAUUUUACUACGCUCUAGCAGCGGAUGCCGGUGUUGAAGUUGGGUCAUUCAACAAUGCAUGGUUAUGUGAGGAGAAUAAGGAUGGCAUCACGAGUUUUAUUGAGAAAGAAUGUAUCUGGAGCCGAUACAAUAUGUCUACACAACGAGAGCCACAGUUUGUUGAUCCAUACGCACUUUUGAAAAUGGGGGAUUUUUACUGGUAUGGCUGUGGAGGUUCAAGGGACGCGCAUCAAGCCGCAAAGAACUAUGUCGAGGCCGCCAAGAAAAAUGAUCCUCAGGCUUUGUUUAACUUGGCAUUUAUGGUUGAAGAAGGUGCUGAUGUUCCGACAGAACAUUUUAGAGCCUUGCAUGUUCCUAACAAUAUAAUAUCAAACAAUAUAACUUUGCUGGAACACUUAUAUACAAGAUGCAAGGACUCGAAGAAAUCGGAAGCGUAUAUGCCGUGCUCGUUGGCACUGUGGAGAAUACAGAUGCUGGCUUUCUGGAUUAAGUACGAGACCGUCAUAAAGCUAACGAGUUUCACUGGAAUCGCUGCUAUGACUGCAUUGUCAAUAUACGUAAUAUUACGAACACAGAUACGUGCACACUAUGACGAAACAGACAGCAUUUAACGCAAGUCUUGUCACAAACUAUAGACACAAACUUCCAUAGCUACACCUUGUGAAUAUAACGCGAGUCCACCGUGAUGAUAAAAUAAAUAUGAUUUCUUGGAAAACGUAGCCACGACGCUAAUUGGCUGAUAUCUUUCAACAUAAUUAAUCUAUGGCUAAAUUAUUACCAUUAUUAUGAAAGAUACGUAUUUGAAUAUAAUGAUUACACGCAAGACGUGUUUUGUGAUAAUAUUGAUAAUAUACAUAGUGUAUGACGUGUACGGUUAAUAACACAAUUAGUUAGUUCAUAACAUUUUAGUUGGUAAAUGUCACGAAAAUACAUGUUUAGUAAUCAUCAUAUUGCAUCAAGUGUGUAACAUCUGUUUACAUUGGACUAACUAUCUUGAUUGUUGCCAUUUCAAAGCAAGUGUUCAAUAUAAGAUUCAAUAUAAGAUUCGUUAGAAAGCUUUUUAAAAGAUUAUUUUACUUUGUAUAAACAUUUGUUUAUUAUGUACCAUCAUCUAAAACGUAACAGAACUGUUCUGUUCUGUUCUGUUCUAAAACGUAUGGUGACUGAUUUGCGUCCUGCUGUAUUUUUGCUCUGCGGAUUACAAGUUGACUUUCGUAUUUUUCGUGAUUUCGUCCGACGUUCCGUGGAUCAAAAAUACAACAUAGCGCAAAUCAGCCACCAUAAUCGCGUUUGUAGAAAUGAUUAUUAUCCAUAUAUUGUAAAUUAAAAAAAGGAUUUAAUAUAAGAUAGCAGUUGUCGAUAAUAUGAUAUCUUUGAAAAUAUUCUGAUAACAGUUAUAUAACCGUGCAUCGACGGAUGUUUGCUUCAUAGCGGCUCGGGUUAUAUAAGCAUUUAACAUUUGAUACUGUUGGUUAUAGACAUAUAGGAGAAUAUAGCCAAAGUAAGAUCUAAAAUAUCCUAGGCCAUAGCCGAGGGUUAUAUAAGCAUUUCAAGACUACAUUCAAACUAUUUACAGAUGUUAUAAAAUUUCAAAUUCUUUUUAUUCAAUCACUGUAUUAUUCGCAUGUUUAAGUAGUUUUUACGGAAAUUCACGAAUAUAGUGCAUGCGCAAAGAUAUUUUUCAGUGAACAUUUGAUUCUUACGUUUAGAUUCUUUUACUUUAUGACAGCCUUGUCGAAGACAUGCUUGGCAUCGGAAACUAAUACAUAUUCUUCUUAAGCUAAGACACACAUGAGUUUUUUAAAUGUUUAAAAAAUGAUUUAAGUGGAUGCAUGUGGGCUUAUCAUCUGAAAAAAUAACGCUUAGUGUGAAAUUGUUGGUCAUUAAAGUGGCAAAAUGUAAGCAAAGUAGUAUUUUGACUUCUGUACAAAAUACUAAAUCACAAUAACUUUAUUAAUAGCCGAAUAGAAACAAAAGUGUAUAUACAAGAAACCAAAACAAAAAAAAAUACUUUUGAGAAAAAAUGAAGCAUUUCUGGAGCAAAAUAGGUAUUUUAUCAAAUUAUU